AUGGGAAAACUGAAAGUAAGUGUUUCAUACUGCGUUUCAUACUCUGUUUAUUUGAUCCGUGGCUUGUUGGAAGAGCUUGUAGUGGAUUUUGUCUCCUACUUCAACCAAACUUUUGAUUUCUUAUGCUUUGGAAUUAGCUAUAUCAACUGUGUAUCUAUUGGAGCUAUAUAUUUGCCGGAGCUAUAUGUUAUUCUGUUUUGUUGUUUAAUUGAUACUACUGCUCAAGAUAAAAAGGGUAAGAAGAGAGUUGAAGAUGAUGGAGUCUCAUAUACAACACCAAAGGCUACAAUUAGUAGUCUGUUGUUGGGUUCUUCCCAAGGUACAUCUCCCUCAGUCCUUGAAACUAAUGUAGUAGAAUAUGAUGAACUUAUUGCUCGGGCUGCUAGAAAACGUAGCCCAAUUUGGAAGCAUUUUAAAGAGUAUAAAGUUACUAAGAUUGUUAAGGUGAAGGGAGGAGAAGAUAGGGUCAUAGAAAAAUGGAGGGCUAAGUGUAUUUACUGUCCUAAGGGUAAACUAGGAGAUUAUGCAUGUGAUUCAACAUCAAAUGGAAAUUCUGGGAUGCAUAGGCAUAUCAAUAAAACCUGUAAGUUUUAUCCGGGUAGGAGAAGUGUGCAAAGAAAUCAGAAAGUAAUUGUUGGAGAUAAAAGCAAGGGUAAUACAAUGAAAAUGGUGGCAUUUAAUGAAGAUGAAGUAAUGCAGGCUUGUGUUGAAAUGGUAGUAGUUGAUGAGCUUCCUUUUAGCUUUGUUGAAAAGCAAGGGUUUAGGCAUUUUUGUUUUGUUGCAAUACCUCAGUGGACAGUCCCUUGUAUAAGAACUUUAGUGACUAAGUUUUUGGCUUUGUAUGAUAAGACGAAGAGGAAGUUGAAGCAUAAUAUCAGCCGUCAUAGGGUAUGCCUAACUACGGACACUUGGACAAGUGUUCAAAAUGUUAACUAUAUGGUGUUAACAGCCCACUUUAUUGAUGAUAAGUGGGAAAUGCAUAAGAGAGUAAUCAAUUUAUGCCCUAUAUCUUCUCAUAGUGGGAAUUCAAUUGGUCUUUUAAUUGAGUCUUGUUUGCUACAAUGGGGGAUUAGCAAGGUUUUGACCAUCACUGUCGACAAUGCAACAACAAAUAAGUGUGCUAUUGAGUAUGUUAGGUCCAAACUGAACAGAAGAGAAAAAUCAGAAGCAGUUUUAGGUGGUAAGUACAUGCAUGUUAGGUGCACAGCACAUAUCACUAAUUUGAUUGUUGGAAGUGGAUUGAAAAGGCUGAAUAAAGCAGUGUUGGCCAUUAGAAAUGCAGUGAAGUACGUGCGUUCUUCAGCAGCAAGGUUAGAUAGUUUUAAGGCUGCUGUAGCAAAGGAAGAGAUCCCUUGUAAAGGCUUGUGCGUUAUGGACAUUCCCACAAGGUGGAAUUCAACAUUUCUUAUGUUGGAAUCUGCUUAUAAGUUCAAAGCAGCCUUUGCAAGAAUGGAAGUGGAAGAUGCUGGUUUUGCAGCCUAUUUCAAGGAGCCUGAUGAGGAGUUUGAUGAGGAUGGUAAUCUGAUUUCAACUAUAGGUAGGAGGGGGAAAGUGGGGCCAUCUAGUCAUGAAGAUUGGGAUAAGGCUGAAGUGUUUGUACAAUUUCUUAGGGUAUUUUAUGAAGUUACCCUAAGAGUUAGUGCAAGUAACAAACCAACCAUCCACACUACAUUUCAUGAUGUUUUGUCCAUGGAAAAAGAGAUUGAAAAGCUCUUUGUGCUUGAUGAAUUGCAAACAAACUCGGCAUCCGAGAAAGUUUUGAUGGAAAUGGCCAAGAAUAUGCAAGAGAAGUUCCUCAAGUAUUACGGGAGCUAUAAAGACUUGAAUCCAUUAGUGUUUAUGGGGCUGAUCCUUGAUCCUCGAUUUAAGCUACAACACAUAACUCACUUGUUCAAUUGUGUAGAGUUGGGGCAAAAAGAGGUGGAGCGUAAAACGACGGAGUUACGUGGAGUUUUAUUGUCAUUGUAUGAUGAAUAUGCACCAAAGGAUGUCCCUGCACAAAAGAAGGUUGUGCAAGAGUUUGAAAGCUUAGCCGAAAGCACCAUUACUAGCACUAGUAGUAGAGGAUAUAAUUCCUACAUUAGUGAUUGGAGAAAGGUUGUUUCACAAAAAGAUCAGGCAUCUGUUAUAGCACAUGAGGUUGAUAGGUACUUAUUGGACCCCCUUGAAGCCAUAAAUGAGAAAGAACCUGCCAAGUUCCCAAUUUUGCUUUGGUGGAGGAUGAAUGGUAACAAGUACCCUGUACUUGCAACAAUCGCCAAGGAUAUACUGGCUGUCCAAGUUUCAACUGCUGCAUCCGAGUCGACUUUUAGCACUGGAGGUAGAGUAGUUGAUUCAUUUAGGAGUUCAUUGACUCCUAAAAGUGUUGAAGCAUUGAUUUGCUUACAAAGUUGGUUAAGGGGUAAUGAAAUAAGCUAUGAAGAUGAGGAACCAUGCCAUAAAGAGUUUGAGUUCAUUGAGAGUUGUGAGAAAGAGCAUGCUACCACAGCAUCUUCAAGCAAUUGUCCUCCACCAAAACCAAAGGGAACAAUUGAAAUUGAUGGUGAUGCAGUUGAAGAAGGAAGUGAAGGUGAUGAAGGCAGUGAUGGUGAAGAAGUUGGCUAUGAUCAGUCCAAUGAUUCAUCAUCAAAUUAA